UCGCUUCAGCUUUUGAGUCGUGAGUACCUAAAUGAGCGGCAGCGGAUUCAAUUUCACCAGCUUCUACGCCACCUGGUUCGACCAUCUCCACCGCCUCGUCGACCAGCUCUCCUCCACCGCCAAAGACAACCACAACUCCUCCUCUGCCCCCGACCAUCUCGUCCAAACCGUCAUGUCCCACUACUCUGAUUACUACCGAGUCAAGUCCAUGGCUGCCGAGCGCGACCCUCUCUCCGUCUUCUCCGCACCCUGGGCUACCUCAUUGGAACGAUCUCUUCACUGGAUCGCUGGAUGGCGUCCCACUACCACUUUUCAUCUCAUCUACACUGAAUCCUCCAUCCUCUUUGAAUCUCGCAUCUUCGAUAUUCUUCGCGGUCUUCAUACUGGCGACCUCGGUGACCUCUCUCCUUCUCAGAUUCGCCGCGUUAGUGAACUCCAAUGUGAAACGGUGGAGGAGGAGAAUGCCAUAACGGAGGAGCUAUCGGAGUGGCAGGACGACGUUAGCGAACUCUUGGGAACUAGAACGGAGGUCACCGGAAGGGUUGAAGGUCUCGUCAACAUUAUAAAAAAAGCUGACGCACUCCGCCUUAGGACGGUCCAGAAAGUGGUGGAGCUUCUGACCCCUAAGCAGGCCGUCGAGUUCUUCAUCGCCGCCGCGGAACUCCAGUUCGGCGUUCGGGGAUGGGGACUAGAUCAAGACCGUCAACGUGGGAACGAUCGAGGCCAUUAAAAAUUUACGAGUUUAGUCACUAUAAUUAUGCGUGCAAACUGUUUUGGUAUAUGAGUUCUUU